UCUGAAGAGUGUUUCCAUCAUUGACAUCAGUUAUAGGAUUCAAACCAUUUCAUCUGGUCUGUAAGCAUUUAACAUUUCACCGCUUUUAUUGCAAUAACACAUAUUUUUAAGCUUUAAAAGCUAUAUCAUAUGUGCAUUUUCGAAAUAUCAGUAGUAUCUUUAAAUAUAAAGUUUAACAUGUUAUAAAGUUUAUAAAAUUAAGUGAAUAAAAAAAAUAACCAUUAAAGUUUAAAAUCUUACCUGAUGUCUCAUGAUCUUCACAUCACUGUCCAGAUAAAAUGCAGAGUAAAAUUAAAUUUGAUACAUAUAUAUCGAGAAAAUUAACACGGAAGUGACAUAAUACACGGAAGUAACCUUUGAAAACAAGGAAGUGCCAAAGGGGCUUUUUAAGUUGUACAAUCCAAACUACUCUCGCCUGUCUACAACACUUCCGGAAGCACUCGAAAAGGGUACGUCAAAAUAAUAUUUUUAUUCUUAUAACAACCCUUAUCAGCUCUAGACUAUAUUUGACCGGUCUGCGACACAUUUAUAGACACUCGCAGACUAUCAGGAGGCGGUGCAAUACGAAGUUUUAGUCCUAUUAUAACACAUAUUAGUUCUAUGCUAUUUUUGACCGGUUUGCGACACAUUCAGAGACACUCGCAGACUAUCAGGAGGCGGUGCCACACGAACGUUUACUAAUAUAACAAUAACCUAUCAGUUCUAUGCUAUUUUGACCGGUCUGCGACACAUUUAGAGACACUCGCAGACUAUCAGGAGGCGGUGCCACACGAAGUUUUACUAAUAUAACAAUGACCUAUCAGUUUUAUGCUAUUUUGGCCGGUCUGCAACACAUUCAGAGACACUCGCAGACUAUCAGGAGGCGGUGCCACACGAAGUUUUACUCCUAUAACAAUGACCUAUCAGUUCUAUGCUAUUUUGACCGGCCUGCGACACAUUUAGAGACACUCGCAGACUAUCAGGAGGCGGUGCCACACAAGGUUUUACACCUGUAACAAUGACCUAUCAGUUUUAUACUAUUUUAACCGGUCUGCGGCACAUUUAGAGACACUCACAGACUAUCAGGAGGCGGUGCCAUACGAAGUUUUAGUCCUAUUAUAACACAUAUUAGUUCUAUGCUAUUUUUGACCGGUCUGCGACACAUUUAGAGACACUCGCAGACUAUCAGGAGGCGGUGCCAUACGAAGUUUGACUCCUAUUAUAACAUGUAUUAGUUCUAUACUAUUUUUGACCGGUCUGCGACACAUUCAGAGACACUCGCAGACUCUCAGAAGGCGGUGCCACACGAACUUUUACUAAUAUAACAAUAACCUAUCACUUCUAUAUUAUUUUUGACCGGUCAACGACACAAUAAGAGACUCUUGCAGAUAGGUUUAAGUACACUAUAAUUUCCUAAUAUGCUAUAAAAUCUUUGCAUCCGUCUGCAAUUUAUAAAUAAAAAAUAAAUAACAUUUAAACGAAGUACACACAUUUCCAGAACAGUAACGAAAUAAAUUAAAAUAAAUAGAAAAUAUCAACUUACCAGAAUCUCAGUGUCCACUGGCUUAGUAGCUGACAAGUGAUACCUUAACAAGAUCUAUAACUUAAUAUAUAGGCGAAAUUGAAUACGGAAGUGAUAUAAUAUACGGAAGUUCGUCUAGAAAAUUAGUACAGAAUGAAAAGUCCGAAUUAGCGAAAAUUAUCAAACGCCUUCUCGAAUCAGAAGAAUACAUUUUAAAACAUGAUUGCAAUGGGUCAGAGCCGUGAAGUCGAAAAUUCUGAAAACAGAUAUUACACUAGCAGUAAUACGUCUCGCAUUGAGCCAUACUUCAAUACAGAUAUUCGUCUGACAAUAGGAAUGGCUGUCGACGAAUUGUCUAAUCUGGGAGAAGGUGAUAACACAUUAAAGGACUUAAAAAUUUAUUAUCACAUCAAAGAAGAGAAUAAUACAAAAAUAUUAGAAAGUCGGGGACAAUUUUCUUACGUCGAAUAUGAUACAAAUGCUGUUGUGACGACAUUUUGUGCAGAUGUGUCUGCAACAGAAGUGGACGACUUAUAUACAAGUUGGUCGGAUUUCAAUAUACCUCUUAUAGUUUAUUCCAUAGACAAACUGCUAAAAUAUUUUUUGUAUCAUUUUGGUUUGUGCCAAACAAAGUUUAAGUGUAUAAAAAUCAUUUUUGUCAAUGAUUCAAAUAAUUCUGAAGAAUAUGCUUCGACAGAGAAACUAAACGAAGACUUCUGCGAAAUCGUCAUCAACUUACAUUCAAUGAAGUACCUAGAGGAAUGUCUGGGUGCAUUUGUGCAUGAAUUUGGACAUUUCCUGGGGUUUUUUGUUCAGCAAAUGAAAACGAGGACCAUGGUGACAUUUUUUAUGCGGUCACGCUUGCGACGGCCUCAAUAGCCAAUUAUCAUAUUCAUGCAAUUUACAAAGACCUGGACUACACUGCUAAAUACAGAAUAUGUGUCAAUUCUACAGGUCGGCCUAUUGUACAGGUAAGUAAACUAAUCACAUGUACAACAGUUAAAAUAUAUUUCCUAAAAAAGAGUUAUUUCUGUCAGAAAGCAUCAAUUUCUAAAGUAGUUUUAUUGUUUCAGAUACUUAAUAUAUGAAAGAAUCGUUAAUAGAGGUUCCACUGUACAAUAUCUCAUUUAUUAGUAACAUAAUGAUAUAUACAUAAGUGAAUUGUUU